GUUGAUGGGUUGAUGCUUUUGGCGGCAAUGAAUUUGGUCUUUUAUGGGUUGAUGCUUGUAACGUGGGAAAAGGCAGGGAUGGCUAUAUGUGUUGCAGGUUUACUUUUGACUAUAAAAGGGCACUUGCUGGUCUGAAAUGUUGUUCUCUGCUUUGGUACAGCAGAUGUAUUGCUCCAAGGAUGCCAACAAGGCCUGUUCUUGUUGUAUCACAUUGUUUCAUGUUGGCGGCAAUGAAUUUGGUCUUUUAUGGGUUGAUGCUUGUAACGUGGGAAAAGGCAGGGAUGGCUAUAUGUGUUGCAGGUUUACUUUUGACUAUAAAAGGGCACUUGCUGGUCUGAAAUGUUGUUCUCUGCUUUGGUACAGCAGAUGUAUUGCUCCAAGGAUGCCAACAAGGCCUGUUCUUGUUGUGGAUGUACCUGACCACUCCACAAAGGGAGGGCACUACCAUGAGGGCCAUUAUGUUUCCACGCCAAAGCAAGUCCUAGAAAGAAGAGACGGAGCAGGGACAUCAGAAAGGGGAGCACGGUCAAAGCAAUUGUUGGGAAAACAAGAAAGAGCAGAGCUGGAACCUUAGAGUUUUUUUACUCCUUCAAAAUGUGCGACAAUGUGAAUCUUGAUGAAUGGUUCUUAUUAUCCAUUGGAGGGAGGAGCUUUUGUGUGCUUGUUUUUCUUUCAAAUAAGCGGUGUUCCUCGUUUUGAGCUUCCAUUCCGCCUUUUGUGUGGCUUCUUCUUCUGUCUAUAAAAGUAGAAAUGCGCGGGUAGAAAAGCACAGGUGAAGAUGGGAUGAUGAUGGGCGGGAUGUGCUUUGUGUUUUUGGACAUACAAAAUGAAGCUGGUGUUUCUCAACUCCCUUUCUUUUAUAAUGCUCCUUUUUUGCUUUUGUGUGCAAACAGUCCAAAUUGUGAUUUGAAUGAUGUUU